AUGGCCCAGCCGGCCCGCGGCCUCCUUCGGUGCUGCCUCCUCUUCCUUUUAGCUUCUUGGGAGGCAGGUGCUACGACAUUGCAGGAACUUCAGAAAACUGCCAGAUCGCCCCCGUCUGCUCAUGUAUGGCCGCGUACUCCAGGCCUUGGUUAUAGCAUUCCCUCUGACCACACCGCUCUGUACUCAGGGCAAAGACUGUCAGACCGCCCUAGAGCUGCAGAGACCCAGAGGCCAAUGCACCACUGCAACACCACACGCCGUUCCACGCCAGUUCACAAACUUACAGACAGCUCCAAAACUACAGGCCUCCAAAACUCUACAGCUCAUCAUGAAGCUCCUCCCUCGUCUGAGCCAAACCCCAGCGAUCAUGAGAAAGAUCCGAACAUCCGGAAUGAACGUUCUAUCUCUCGUGAUGACUCUACAAACACAGGUCAAAAACAUUCAACCUUAGCACCCAGGAGCAAAACAACUUGUCAUAAGAGCACAACAAAGAAACCAGGGGUCACAGGAAACUCAGUGGGAACUCCAGCACCUUUGGACAAGAUCACCACUACUUCAGAUAAAAAAAGUACCACCUCACAUAAGAUCACAGUUUCUUCCUACAACUCAGUCAGUUCAGAGAGCAACGCAAAGACCACACUCUCCUCAGAAAAAACCAGAACAACCGUAAGAACGUCAUAUACGAGAAAUACCCAAGACGCUGAAGAUGACGCAACCGCAGUUUCCUCAGACAAGCCCCUAACCAGGACUACAAAAGCCAUGAAAGAGAGCACAUCAGCCAAUGAGAAGAGCACAGCCACCCAAGGAAAGCCUACAGAGAACAAAGGAAAAACCACAUUGGACAACAGGAAUACCACAAGAGCCCCAGUGAAAUCUACAGGACACCCAGAGAAGACAACAUCAAGCAAUGAGAAGAGCUCAGGAGACUUGGCAGAAACUACAGAACACGGACAACAGAUGACAUCAGUCCAUAAGACCACGAGAUCCCAAGCAAGUCCUAGCCAGCAUGGAGAAGAGACCACACUGACCUCUGAGAAGACCACACUGUCCCCAGUGACAUCUGUAAAACACCCAGAAAAGACGACAUCAAACAGUGGGAGAAGCACAGGAGCCCUGGAACAUCCUACCCAGCAUGGAGAAAAGACCACACUGACCUCUGAGAAGACCGUACUGUCCCCAGUGACAUCCGUAGAACACCCAGAAAAGACAACAUCAAACAAUGAGAGAAGCACAGGAGCCCUGGAACGUCCUACCCAGCAUGGAGAAAACACUACACUGACCUCUGAGAAGACUGCACUAUCCCCAGUGACAUCUGUAGAACACCUAGAAAAGACAACAUCAAACAACGAGAGAAGCACAGGAGCCCUAGUAAGUCCUACCCAGCAUGGAGAAGACACCACACUGACUUCUGAGAAGACCGCACUAUCCCCAGUGACAUCCAUAGAACACCCAGAAAAGACAACAUCAAACAAUGAGAGAAGCACAAGAGCCCUGGAACAUCCUACCCAGCAUGGAGAAGACACCACACUGACCUCUGAGAAGACUGCACUAUCCCAAGUGACAUCCGUAGAACACCCUGAAAAGAUAACAUCAAACAAUGAGAGAAGCACAGGAGCCCUGGCAAGUCCUACCCAGCAUGGAGAAGACACCACACUGACCUCUGAGAAGACUGCACUAUCCCAAGUGACAUCCGUAGAACACCCAGAAAAGACGACAUCAAACAGUGAGAGAAGCACAGGAUCCCUAGUAAGUCCUACCCAGCAUGGAGAAAACACCACACUGAUCUCUGAGAAGCCCACACCAUCCCCAGUGACAUCCGUAGAACACCUAGAAAAGAUAACAUCAAACAAUGAGAGAAGCAUAGGAGCCUUAGUAAGUCCUACCCAGCAUGGAGAAAACAUCACACUGACCUCUGAGAAGACUGCACUGUCCCCAGUGACAUCUGUAGAACACCUCGAAAAGACAACAUCAAACAAUGAGAGAAGCACAGGAGCCCUAGUAAGUCCUACCCAGCAUGGAGAAAAGACCACACUGAUCUCUGAGAAGACCACACUGUCCCCAGUGACAUAUCCAGAACAUGAUGUAAGGACCUCAUUGGAUCAUGAGAAGACCUCGAGGGCCCCAGGAAAAUCUACAGGACACUCAGAGAAGACCACGUCGGACAACUGGACAAUCUCGAGAGCUGUAGGAAAAACUACAGAACGUGAAGAAAAGACCAUGUCAGCCUACAAGAUGACACGAAUCCCAGCAAUGUCCACAGGACACCUAGGAAACACCACCCUGACUACUGAGAAAACCAUACGAGCUUCAGAAAAGUCUACACUAUACCCAACGAAGACCACGUUUGUCAAAGAGAAAACCAUCCCAGCCCUGCCAAAGCCUACAGACAACCCAGAAAAGACCACAGACAUCACAAAGUCCACGAGGCUUCCAGUCAAGGUCACAGGAGAACAAUCUAUCACUAAUACCUCUCCUCAUCCAAAUGAAAGCACAUCUAGAAUGGCACUGAGCUCCAUCAUGUCAGAAGCCCCAGGCAACAAGAGCCAUUCAUACCAGAAUAAAGAUGGCUCCCAGGGAGGUCUUCGUGGAAGCGAGGUGGAGGGCAGUGAUUCAUUCCCUCCAUGGGCCAUAGUCAUUGUGGUCCUGGUGGCUGUGAUUCUCCUCCUGGUAUUCCUUGGCCUGAUCUUCUUGGUCUCCUACCUGACUCGGACACGCCGUGCACUGACCCAGAACACCGAGGACGAUGACCCAGCAGAUGACGCAGGCCCCAAUUCCUACCCCGUCUACCUGAUGGAACAGCAGACUCUCGGCAUGGGCCAGAUCCCUUCCCCUCGAUGA